GCUGUCUUUGCCUUUCCUUGCAGAGUCCUUCGGCCAGAACUACCCCGAGGAGGCCGAUGGCACCUUGGACUGCAUCAGCAUGGCCCUCACCUGCACCUUCAACCGCUGGGGCACCCUGCUCGCCGUGGGCUGCAACGACGGGCGCAUCGUCAUCUGGGACUUCCUCACGAGGGGCAUCGCCAAGAUCAUCAGCGCCCACAUCCACCCCGUCUGCUCCCUGUGCUGGAGUCGAGAUGGGCACAAACUGGUGAGUGCUUCAACCGACAACAUUGUGUCGCAGUGGGACGUUCUCUCUGGAGACUGUGACCAGAGGUUUCGAUUUCCUUCGCCCAUCUUGAAAGUUCAGUAUCACCCUCGAGACCAAAACAGGGUUUUGGUUUGUCCCAUGAAGUCUGCUCCAGUGAUGCUGACACUGCCUGACUCUAAACAUGUUGUUCUACCCGUGGAUGAUGAUUCGGAUCUCAAUGUUGUGGCCUCCUUUGACAGACGAGGGGAGUACAUUUACACAGGCAAUGCCAAGGGGAAGAUCUUGGUCUUAAAAACAGAUAAUCAAGAUCUUGUUGCUUCCUUCAGAGUGACAACUGGAACUAGCAACACCACAGCUAUUAAAUCAAUUGAAUUUGCUCGGAAAGGAAGCUGCUUUUUAAUAAACACAGCUGACCGGAUAAUCCGAGUGUAUGAUGGGCGCGAAAUUCUAACCUGUGGACGAGAUGGGGAACCUGAACCAAUGCAGAAGCUCCAGGAUUUAGUUAACAGGACGCCGUGGAAGAAGUGCUGUUUCUCUGGGGAUGGUGAAUAUAUAGUGGCAGGUUCAGCACGACAGCAUGCCCUGUACAUCUGGGAAAAAAGCAUUGGGAAUCUAGUAAAAAUCCUCCAUGGGACCAGAGGAGAACUGCUUUUGGAUGUAGCAUGGCAUCCUGUGCGACCCAUCAUAGCAUCGAUUUCCAGCGGUGUUGUGUCAAUCUGGGCUCAGAAUCAAGUGGAAAACUGGAGUGCCUUUGCACCUGACUUCAAGGAGCUGGAUGAAAAUGUAGAGUAUGAGGAAAGGGAGUCAGAGUUUGACAUUGAAGAUGAAGAUAAGAGCGAACCAGAACAGACAGGUGCUGAUGCUGCAGAAGAUGAAGAAGUUGACGUAACUAGUGUGGAUCCCAUUGCUGCCUUCUGUAGCAGUGAUGAAGAACUGGAGGACUCGAAGGCUUUGCUUUACUUGCCCAUUGCUCCUGAAGUGGAAGACCCAGAAGAAAACCCCUAUGGUCCUCCACCUGAUGCUCUUCAGAGCUCUUUAGUUGACGAGGGAAUGGGUUCUGAGAAGAAAAGACAAUCCUCCUCCGAUGGACCUCAGGCACCAAAGAAGAAGCCCAAAACCACCAACAUUGAACUGCAAGGAGUGCCUAAUGAUGAAGUCCAUCCGCUGCUGGGUGUGAAGGGCGAUGGUAAAUCCAAGAAGAAGCAAGCAGGCAGGCCUAAAGGAUCAAAAGGUGGUGCAAUCUCAGAACUGUUAUGAAGACGCUCUUCUUUAGCUUCCUGUGCUCUUUCCUAUAUUGGCACCAUAAAUGUGGAAAAUAGAUGGAAGUGCUCAGUCAGAAUGGACUGAUUUUAAUACAGCAGCCUGAUUGUUCAUGGAUUCAGGGAGUGACUUUUGUAAGAAAUGAAUUAUAGAAGAGGAACCAGCCUUCAUUCCUCCUUAACUGCCUCUACAUGGAACAAUUUAAGAUGCUGACCCUCUCAGGUUGUGCUAUUUGCAAAGAGACUAAUGGGACUGCCUUCAUGCUGACAAGUUUAACUCUUUCUAAAAGUGAGCUGGUACCCAACCCUGCCACUCCAGAGCUUCCCAACCAUUGCCCUUUUAAGUAUUUUUUGUUCCUGGAUGGAAGAAUAUCCAAAGUGUGUGUGUUUUUUAUUCCAGAUGCUCUAUGAUUGUCCCUCCCUUUCUUUGCUGUUAACUUUCAUUUCAGUGAGUUGUAAUUCUGCUCCUUCCAUCCCGGCUGCGUGACCGUGUCAGCUUUUCUGUUUGCUCGCUGUGAUGCCUUCCAUGCUGCCAAGCCUAGUGAAAUGCUGCGGAUUAUGGGCCAGGUUUGAUUGCAUCCCCAGUGCAAGGAGAUGUCAUUCGAAGAAUCAGGACAGCCUCUGAAGUCUGCAAAGAGUGAAUCUUCAUAUUGUGAAUAUUUUAGACAUGAAGGAUGACUCUGCUUGUGGAAAAAUGAACAAGAGAAAGUAGCUCUAGAUGAAAGACUCUUUAAAUUUAUAUAGACUGUCUUCUAAAGAGUAAUAUGAAAGGCUGUGCUGGCACUUUUUCCCUCCUCGCAGGCGUUUUUAUGCUGUGUCUUUCCUGUUAUGUGUCCUGCUCAAAAGAACUGCGUUCCUUCUUAGCUGAUGUCUGCUUGGCAGUCGGAGAAGAAACAGAGCCAAUAAUUCUCCUAAUUCCAAGAGCAGUUUUCCAGUUUCCCACCCAAGACUUGAGAGAUGAUGAGAAUAACAGCCUGAGUGCCAAACAACAUGCACAUCUUGAGGUUUUAACAUGCUCAUGUUUUUUUACACUUGUGGAUCAAGACUAGAAGGGAGGUGACUGCUAACAGCUUAUUCCCAACGAUGCUUCAACCUUUGCUCCUCCAUGACCUGUGUAACUUUUUCCUUCUGGAAAUGGAAAUUCUGCAUCCGCUACCUGCAGACCCACGCGUCUGUGCUGGACCAGCAGCCUCUUAAAAGAAGGUUUCUAUUCCUAAUGCCCCUUGGUUUGUAGAGAUUUUUCUAGGUCCUAUGCAAUUACUCCCACUUCUUCCCCGGUCAUAAUUGUAUAGAUUAUCAGAUGUAUUUUUCAAAAUAUCUUGCAGCAGACACUAGAAGCCAAGAAGGAGACUCAUAAAGAUAUUUAUUAAUUUGCAGUUGUACAUAUGCAUUAGCUGCAUGAGAUUUAAACAGGGAAUGGAGACAUUUGAAAUCAGGAGGUUUUUUUUAAGGUAUUUUCAUUUAUGGCUUUGGUACAGCGGCCAGCUUCACUGGAUGAAAUGAAUUCCUCUGGUGUAUGGUAUUAGUCUUCCGUGUUCUUUUUGCUUCUAGGACAAUGCAGGUCCUUGUGGAAAACUAUGAUGUCAAAUCCAUCCUUUUGUGGUGUGUCUGAGCCCAAUCCAAGCUUUAAAGAUGCCCAGGUUAAAGAUGCAGUGGUUCUUGAGACCCUUUUGCAGCUUACGAUUCGCCACAGACUCCAGCUUUCCCUCCUGCUAGAUCCUGUCUGUACAGUGUAUAUGUC